AACCCAAAGGCGAGUAACGACAUCUGCACCAUCACUACGCACCCAAAUCCACGAAACCACAUCCGAACCCCAAUCUUCCCAAAUUCCCUAUGGCGAUGGCUCUCUCCUCCCUCUUCCUCUCCUUCCCCCUCCUGAAGCUCCCCUCCACCGGCCCCAAAUCUCACCGCUUGCUCCCCGUCCGGGCCUCCUCCGCCGCGUCCGCCGCGUCCGCUUCUUUCAACCUGCGCCGCUACUGGACCUCCCUGAUCGCCGAGGUGGAGUCCGAGCUCGACGCCACGAUGCCCAUGCGCCCGCCAGAGAGCAUACACUCCGCCAUGCGCCACGCCGUGCUCCCGGGUGCAGGCAAGGAGGGCGCCGCCAAGCGCGCGCCCCCCGUGCUCUGCGUCGCCGCCUGCGAGCUCCUCGGUGCGUCGCGUGCGGCCGCACUCCCGGCCGCCGCGGCGCUCGAGAUGCUCCACGCGGCGUCGCUCGUGCACGACGACCUGCCCUGCUUCGACGCUGCGCCCACGAGACGCGGACGCCCCUCCACGCACGCGGCCUACGGAACCGACAUGGCCGUCCUCGCCGGCGACGCGCUCUUCCCACUCGCCUACACCCACGUCAUCUCCCACACCCCAUCCCCCGAUCCGGUCCCCCACGCCGUCCUCCUCCGCGUCCUCGCGGAGCUCGCGCGCGCCGUGGGAUCCACCGGCAUGGCGGCCGGCCAGUUCCUCGAUCUGGCCGGCGCCGCCGCCCUCGGCGAGGCCGUGGUCAUGCAGGUCCUGACCAAGAAGUUCGGCGAGAUGGCCGAGUGCUCCGCUGCCUGCGGCGCCAUGCUCGGCGGGGCCGGGCCCGACGAGGAGGCCGCGCUGCGGCGCUACGGCCGCACCAUCGGCGUCCUCUACGAGCUCGUCGACGACGUCCGGAGCGCGUCGGGGAACGGCAAGAUGAGGAGCAACGCCAGCGUCCUGCGCGCGCUGGGCAUGGACCGCGCGCUCGGCAUCGUGGAUGAGCUCAAGGCGCAGGCGAAGACGGAGGCAGACAGGUUCGCGGACAAGUACGGCGAUCGGGUGCUGCCCUUGUACAGCUUCGUGGACUACGCAGUUGAGAGAGGGUUUGAGCUCCAGGAUGCAGCGCCAACGCCUUAACUGAAGAGUGGAUGCUCCCGGUUUUCACUGAACAUUGGAGCUAGUGACAUGUACAUGGGUCUGAUUCUGAAAUUCAUUGAGUGAUUCAUAUGCGAAAUUCUAAUCCCUGCUAUAGAUGUUUAGAACCUCGAAUUCGUAAUUUGGUGAGAGAUUCAUAUGUUAUUCUCAUCCCUGCUAUAGAUCUUAGAACUUCGAACUUGGGGUUGAUGUUUCGGUUGAACUUUGAUAAAUAAAAGGCACACUUUCUGAUAAAUAUAUGCUCAUACAACUGUUCUGUUUA